CAAGGAACAAUAUUACGGAAAGGUGAAUUAAUUGAAUUUGUAGCAGAUGAUUUACAAGAGAAAAUAAGACGUAGUAGUCCAAUGUCGAAAACCGGUUCCAGUAAUUCAAGACCCAGUAGUCUCUUUCAACAAAGUCCUGAUGACAUUCCACCUAUUGACCCAUCGGCUAUUUUGGAAUUGGAAAAUCAAGCAAGAUACAUUGCUGACAAUAUUGACCUUUUAUUGGGUAAUUUGAAAACAAGCUUGCAUAAAAUGUCUGCACGAGGGGUGGCUUGUUUGAGUGCAUAUAAAGACUCAGUAGAUUACACCUGUGAUUCUGUAGACACAAGCAUCAAGUCUAUGUACGCUUUAAUGGCAAAAUGUGAAGAAUUGAACAAAACUGUGGAGCCUGUUUAUCAAUUAGCCAAUCAGAUUAAAGAAAUUAAGAGACUGUUGGAUUUAUUUGAAUCA